ACCACCCUCAAUUCUUCCGGAAUACGCACCACGCGACCGCACGAGCUCCCGCCGGCGUCACGCUUCGCAAUGCCGUCAAAUUCGCACCUACCGCCCCCAUAGCCCACCUCCGAUGUGCAACCACUCCAAGAUUCGAGCAGCACCAAUCUCAGAAAUCCACCUGUACCUCUAAAGCCAGCCGCUUUUCUUUGGUGGUGGAGCUAAACCCCACCCAUCCUCCCCGGUUCGCAUAAGAAGCCCGUCAUGCUCAUGACCAAAGUCCACAAGGAGGGGUUCCGAGAGGUAGCCAGCCAUGGAGGAGAGGAGGAGAUGGGAGGAGAUGGACAUGGAUUGCCUUGUUAACAUCUUCCAAAGGCUCGGCCUCGAGGACCUCACCCUCGGCGUGCCCUUCUUGUGCAAGUCCUGGUAUCGAGCCUCCCUCGAUCCCCUCUGCUGGAGAGUGCUCGACUUGGAGCCGUUGGAUUUCAUGCCAUGGAGCAAAUUCACGAAGAGAUUCAUGACGCAGUACUCUCUGCACCAUUUUUCCUUCAGCGGCUUCAUGAAACUGGUGGCCAUGCGAAGUCGUGGAUCGGCCAUCGAGCUCCGCUUCCCUCCGGUCUUCGGUGCAUCCAUGCAUGACUUGUUCCAUGCUUCAUCCGACAGAUGGCCAGGGCUGAAGAAGGUUGUCUUGCCGAACUUGUUGAUGGAAGAUGAGGUGCACAUUCCUGAGCUCGUAGCGAAAUGGAAGGAGCUCGAAUUGCUCGAGAUGCAAUCGAAGCCAGCUUCUUUCUCGGAGAUGGUCACCGAAAUCAGCCGUAACUGCAAGAACUUUGCUGGCUUGAGGAUGUUUGGGUCCAUCAAGAAGGAUGAUGUAUUAGCUAUUGUCAGGCUCCUUCCAAAGUUGAAGCACUUGUGUUUUGACAAGUCUUACUUGCCCAAGGAGCAGCUGUUGAUGAUUAUGGAUGGAUGUAAAGAACUGGAGAAAUUGAGUGUCAAGGAUUGUAUUGGUUUUGAGGCUGAUGAGGAGGUCAUGAGAAAGACUUCGGGAAUCAAAAUUUUUGAGAGUGAGGGCUCUAAGCUAUUUGAUGAUUCUGGUUAUGAUACUGAUGAGUGUGAUCCACUCUAUGUACAUGUCAUAUGAUGGUGGUUGUAGCUUCAAAGGUUGGUAUUUUUUUGUGGUCCAAUUACUUGCUGAUGAAUUAGAGUACUAGUUCAGGAGAGUUUCUUCCAGGCUCUUCUUCUUUAGUGCAAAGCGUUGUUAUCAUCCAACAAAAUGAGCAGGAAUGGGAAGUCAUGCGUUGAGAUGGA